AUGAUUCCAAUAUUCUCCCUGCAUACUCUUCCGUUUAGGGAUGAGGAGGUUGAGGAAGCGCAUGGCGUUAUUGCGGUGUGUGUUGGGCCAUGGCGGAGCGGCGGGCGUCUGCCGUCUCAUGCGACUGCCCGAGGCCCGCGACGCGCUGCGCAAAGGGCGUGGCGCCCGCCACCUGCUCCUUCCAGGGAUUCCAGCCAGUCGUCUGCUGCCCGCGCCCGUCCCCACCCUCUUCCACCCCGCUCCCGCUCCCUCCACCGCCCCAAACCACCCCCCACCCCCACAACACUGACUCCUCAACGGGUCUCCACCAGGAUGUGCACCAAAUACGCAGAGGCCGUCUAUGUCUAUAUAACUUCUUUCCAAAUACCGAAACAAACUGAGAAAAAGGAUACGUGCGCUAUUAAAGGUAUACCUUUCAUUGUGAAUGGAGAAGCAGCUGAUCCUAAUGAGUUUCCUCAUAUGGCGCUGUUGGGUUACGGAGACGAGAAGGCACCCAUCUGGGGGUGCGGUGGUUCCCUCAUCAGUGAGCGCUUCGUGCUCACCGCCGCCCACUGCUUCACCAGGAAUGGUCAUCCGAAAGUCGUGCGCCUGGGCGAAUUGAACCUGAAGACAACGAGCGAGGCCAACAAGCACGAAGACUUCGCGGUGGCCCAGGUCCUCCCGCACCCGGACUACGUGGACAGCGCCAACUACAACGACCUGGGGCUGGUGCGGCUGAGCCGGGACGUCGCCUUCACGCCCUCCAUCCGCCCGCUCUGCCUGCAGGUGGACAAGGACUUCGGCCGCCCCUCCGCCAUCGCCUCGGGCUGGGGCUACACCGACUGGACUAUUCGUGAAAUGUCUGACCAUCUAAUGAAAGUGAAACUGCCGAUACAAGAUAAUGAGGUCUGCCAAAAUGCGUACAAAACGAAGUCUACCACACCGAGUUUGAGAAGGGGAAUUGAGGAAGAAUCGAUGAUAUGUGCAGGAGCACUGAAUGUACGCAAUGACACCUGCGGCGGUGACUCCGGAGGUCCACUCCAGAUACGACUGGAUGAGCCCUAUUGAGACGCGUGCGAGGGCCAUGGCGGAGCGGCGGGCGUCUGCCGUCUCAUCGGCGACUGCCCCGAGGCCCGCGACGCGCUGCGCAAGGGCGUGGCGCCCGCCACCUGCUCCUUCCAGGGCUCCCAUCCCGUUGUCUGUUGCGCCGGCCCCGCGCCCACAUCCUCUCCCGCUCCAUCACCCACUCCCUCCGCCGCCCCCAUCCCAGCUCCCGCUCCCACAACACUGACUCCGCAGCGAGUCGCCACCAGGAUGUGCACCGAAUAUGCAAAUGCUGUCUACUCUGUAACAACCUCCCAAAUUUCGAACCAGACCAAGAAAUGGGAUAAGUGUGCUAUAAAUGACUUAGUGUCUUUCAUUGCGAAUGGAAUAGAGGCUUUUCCUGAUGAGUUUCCUCAUAUGAGUGAUCAGGGUGUUCCGAAAGUCGUGCGCCUGGGCGAACUGGAUCUGAAGGCGACGAGCGAAGACAACCCGCACAAAGACUUCGCGGUGGCCCAGGUCCUCCCGCACCCGGACUACGUGGACAGCGCCAACUACAACGACCUGGGGCUGGUGCGGCUGAACCGGGACGUCGCCUUCACGCCCUCCAUCCGCCCGCUCUGCCUGCAGGUGGACAAGGACUUCGGCCGAUCCUCCGCCAUCGCCUCGGGCUGGGGCUACACCGACUGGACUAUUCGUGAAACAUCUGACCAUCUAAAUAAAGUGAUCAUGCCGAUCCAAGAAAAAGAGCUCUGCCAGAAAGCGUACAAAACAUUGUCCACUACACUGCGUUUAAGUAACGGAAUUGAUGCGGAAUCGAUGAUAUGUGCAGGAGCAUUGAAACAACGCAAUGGCACCUGUAAUCCGGGGGGUGGAGGGUGUUGCGGAGGGGGGCGGGGCUGGGAGAAGAGGAAGAUGAGAACAGGAAAGAAGGAGCGCCAUGGAGUGGGGCGUGGCUUGGCACGGAAGAGCGGGGAGGGGCGGAGUGGUACGCAGAGCGCCGGUUCGUCUUUGCGGCCAGAACUCCCGUCACGGCCAGUGCACCCGUUGCAGCCAUGGGGUCUAGCACGUUCGUCCGCCUGCUACUGGCCAUGGCCGUCGCCGCCACCUCCACCGCAGCCGAAAAAGCUAUUGGGCACCUGCCGCCCCAUCGCCGACUGCCCUGCGGCGCACCACGCCCUGCGCCUCGGUGCCAGGCCUGCCAUCUGCUUCUACGACGGCUUCACGCCCGUCGUCUGCUGCCCAGGAGCCGCCCCCGGUGCAUCGCCGCCCGCACCUGCGCCCGCUGCCGGCGCCUUCGAGCGCCGUCGCCACCAGGAAUCCACUGAAUUACUAACACAUAUUAUUCCUAUUUAUUUUCACACCCUGAAUGGAUUUGCAGAGUGCAGUAAGUACGGGGAAGCAGUGUUUCGCCACGAGAUUUCCCCUCUCGCAAGUCACCCGGUGAAGUUGGACCAAUGCGCGUUGAAUCGGCUGUCCUUCAUCCCACAGCACGAAAUCGCCCAAGCGAACGAAUUUCCUCAUGUGGCGCUGUUGGGUUACGGAGACGAGAAGGCGCCCAGCUGGGAGUGCGGAGGCUCGCUCAUUAGUGAACGCUUCGUGCUCACCUCCGCCAACUGCAUAUCUUCCGAAAAAGGCAUUCCGAAGAUAGUGCGCCUCGGUGAGCGUGAUCUGAACACCACCGACGAAAUCAAUGAGCACGAGGACUAUAAGGUGGCGGAGGCCAUCUUGCAUCCCGAGUUCGAGAACGGGGUCUUGUACAACGACAUCGCGCUGCUACGUCUGGCCAAAGAUGUCGCUUUCACGGCGUCAAUUCGGCCCGCGUGCCUACACACGCAGAAGGACAUCCAAGCCCAAAGAACCAUCAUAUCCGGCUGGGGCCCCGGAGACUGGACUAUUCACGAAAUAUCCACCCAAUUACGAAAGGCAAACAUGCCCAUCAGAGCGACUGAAGAUUGCAAAAAAGCAUUCAGAAAUCUUGCAACCACAAACCGCUUGGCAAAUGGGAUCGAGGAAGAUACUAUGGUGUGUGCAGGAACGGAGAGAGGCAAACAAGAUGGUUGUAAGGGUGACGCAGGCGGACCACUGCAGGUGCCACUAAGCUCCCCCUACUGCAUGUACAGCGUGGUGGGCGUCUAUUCCUUCGGCAAAGGCACCUGCGUCGCCCCGUUCGUCUACACACGCGUCUCCCACUUCGUGCCGUGGAUCGAGAGUGUUGUGUGGCCCAACGAGAAAUGAAAAUAACUCAAAAGUGUUAAAAAUACUGUUUAAAUAUAACGUAAAUUGUAACAUAUUUCUGAUGCAAGAAGAAAAUUUAACUUAUUUAUUUUAAUUGAGAAACUCAAAGAAAUAAAAUGUGUACUAAAAAU